AUGACUGCUCAAAAUGUCGUGUAUUCUGAGGGCUCACUACAUGGGCUGCCUAGCUUUCCGGAUGAGUCGAAUUUCACAAAUUUGACUGCGCUGGUGACUGGAGCCAACGGAAUUUCAGGAUACCACCUGGUCCGUGUUCUGGUGGCUAAUCCUAAGCGAUGGAGCCAAAUCUACUGCCUAUCAAGACGACCUCCGCCUGAUAAUUUCUUUGAGGAUUUGGGCGAGGGUGCGACACGUGUCAAGCACAUCGCAGUCGAUUUUCUUUCCGAGCCAGCGCAGAUUGCAGACCGAUUGAAACCUAGACGGUUCCUGCUUCAGACAGGAGCUAAAAAUUAUGGUUUUCAUAUGGGUCCAGCCACCAACCCUUCGUUUGAGUCCGAUCCACGAAUUACCCUGGAAGAUAAUUUCUAUUAUCCACAGGAAGAUGCCUUGGUAAAGUACUGUGAAGAGACUGGCGCUGCAUGGAAUGUAGUCCGCCCUUCAUAUAUUAUCGGAGCUGUUCGUGAUGGUGCAUUGAAUUUUAUGAUUGGGCUCGCUAUAUAUGGGGCCAUCCAAAGCUACUUGAAAAAGCCUCUGGAUUUUCCUGGUGACUAUGCUGCCUGGGAUCGUGAAUUUUGUCAAAGCACCGCCUUGCUAAAUGCCCAUUUUGAAGAAUGGGCCGUCUUGACUGAUAAAGCAGCUAACGAGGCAUUCAACAUACAAGAUGGACAGUCCUUCACUUGGGGGCGCUUCUGGCCAUACCUUGCUAGUUGGUUUAACAUUCCGUGGAAUCCCCCUGAGGCAGAUCCCUCAAAAUACAGGGUGACUACAUGUCGACAUGUGGAUACUCCCAGAGGCUAUGGACCCACUGGGACAACUCGUUCGACCUUCAGUCUUCUAGAAUGGUCCGAAAAGACAGAAGUUCAAGAGGCAUGGAAAAAGUUGUCAGAAGAUCAUGGACUUGUCAUCGACCCGUUUGACGAGCAAAAGCGUGCUCAAAUAUUUGGAAUGUCGGAUUCGGCUCUUCUCGGGGACUGGCCACUUUCCUUGAGCAUGCGAAAGGCCAGAAAACUGGGCUUUUUUGGAACUGCAGAUUCAUUUGAAACUGCUUUUGAGGCAAUAAAGGAUUUGUCACGACUGAAACUGGUGAUACCAACUGUUAUGAAGGAAUAUAGCGAGUAG